AUGGCUACCAAGCAAGGCUAUCUGAUGCAGUUUCUUUUGGUGAUGAUUCUUCUGCUAAUGAAGAACCAAGCAACAAUCAUAGAAUCUCCAGCUCCUCAGCCACAACCAUCCGGGACUUUUCCUGCUUACGGUGCAACUCCUGGUAGCCUUCAUCCUCAGGAGUGCGCGCCUCGUUGUAGCGCAAGAUGCUCGAAGACGGCAUUCAAGAAGCCAUGUAUGUUCUUCUGCCAGAAAUGCUGCGCAAAGUGUUUAUGUGUGCCUCCAGGCACUUACGGAAACAAGCAGUUCUGUCCUUGCUAUAAUAACUGGAAGACAAAGAGAGGUGGUCCCAAGUGUCCCUAA